GAACGAGCGAACUGUUCUUUCGAACUCUCCUCCCUUAAUCCCGCACGUGAUUCCCCCUCCCCGGAACGUGGCACUGUGUAAUCACGUGACCCCGUACGGGAGGGGAGGCGUUGAGGAGGAAUAGUGGGGGGGAGGGGGCUGCGUACGCGACGGAGCGGGAUACGAAGAUGGCGGACGAGGAGGCCGAGCAGGACAGCGGUAGUCUCGGCACUGGCGGCGACAGCGGCCUCCUAGGCAUGCAGCGCCUGAAGGAACGGCUGCUGGAGCUAGAGACGGAAUUGAGGGAGAGCAAAGAGCCAACCGUAGAAGCGGCCACCGAGUACUGUCAGCAGCUCUGCCAGACACUUCUUGAAUAUGCAGAAAAUUGGAAGACAUCUGAGGAUCCCUUGCCUUUGCUGGGUGUAUACACAGAAGCUAUCCACAGUUAUGUUAAAGCACGACCUUACCUUACCUCUGAGUGUGAAAAUGUAGCCUUGGUGCUUGAACGCUUAUCCCUAAGCUAUGCUGAACUUUUGCUAUGCCUGCCUCUUGAACUGCCUGAAAAUCAGUGGAAAGAGUUUCAGUCUUUUAUUCAGAUGGCACACACAAAAUUAAUGGAAAAUGGCAGUUGCCAAUUACAUUUUUUAUCUGUACUUGCCCAAGAAAAUGGGACAUGGAAGAAUCCUGUUCUUUCUAGUAUUCUUUCCCAUGAACCACUGGAUCAGGAUGUGGUGAAUGAAUUUUUAACAUUUGAAGGCCCUAUGCUUUUGGAUAUGCGCAUUAAGCAUCUGAUGAAAUCAAAGCAAUUAACUCAAGCAACUGCCCUAGCAAAACUAUGCUCCGACCACCCAGAAAUCAGCACCAAAGGCAAUUUUAAACAAACUUACCUAGUCUGUCUUUGUUCUGGAUCACCAAAUGAAAAGCUAGUGCAGGAGAUUGCAGACAUAGACUGCAAAGAUGCUUUAGAAAUGAUCUGUAAUCUAGAAUCUGAAGGAGAUGAAAAAAGUGCUCUUAUCUUAUGUGCAGCAUUUUUAUCUCGUCAACUGCAGCAAGGAGAGAUGUAUUGUGCAUGGGAACUGACACUCUUCUGGAGUAAACUACAGCAAAGGGUAGAGCCUUCUGUACACAUAUAUCUAGAGAGAUGUCGUCAGCUGUCUGUGUUAACAAAGACAGUAUACCACAUUUUCUUCCUAAUUAAAGUGAUCAAUUCAGAGAUUGAUUCUGCUGGGCUUGCAACCUGCAUUGAACUUUGUGUGAAAGCAUUGCGUUUGGAAGCUAGUGAGAAUGCAGAUGUCAAGAUUUCUAUUUGCAAGACUAUAUCUUGUUUAUUGCCAGAUGAUUUGGAGGUUAAACGUGCUUGUCAACUGAGUGAAUUUCUCCUUGAGCCUAAUGUGGAUGCGUACUAUGCUGUUGAAAUGCUGUAUAAUCAGCCUGACCAGAAAUAUGAUGAAGAAAACCUCCCCAUACCAAAUUCAUUACGAUGUGAGCUCCUACUUGUAUUAAAAACUCAGUGGCCUUUUGAUCCAGAAUUUUGGGACUGGAAAAUGCUAAAACGCCAGUGUCUUGCAUUGAUGGGAGAGGAGGCAUCAAUUGUAUCAUCAAUAGAUGAGCUGAAUGACAAUGAAAUGCAUGAAAAAGUAGAGGAUUGCCAAGAUGAGAACAAAGAAACUUCAGUGAAUGGACUUUCUGGAUGUUUUGAUGAAGCUACAAACUUACUUAGAGGCAUAAGAGAUAAAAAGCAGAAAAACAGGGAAAUAAAGAAGUUGAGAGAGCGGGGAUUCAUAUCUGCUAGGUUCAGGAACUGGCAAGCAUACAUGCAAUAUUGUGUGCUGUGCGACAAAGAAUUCCUUGGACAUAGAAUAGUCAGGCAUGCACAGAAACACUACAAGGAUGGAAUUUAUAGUUGCCCAAUAUGUGCCCAAAAUUUUAAUUCUAAAGAAACCUUUGUUCCGCAUGUAACACUACAUGUUAAGAAGUCUAGUAAAGAGAGACUGGCUGCAAUGAAACCACUGAGAAAAUUAGGAAGACCACCUAAAACAGCAACCACUAUUGUGAACAAGAAGAACAAUACUGUGGUUAAGCAGGAACAACGGCACAUAAAAAAGAACAGCCUUUAUGCAGCAGACUUCAUUGUUUUUAAUGAUAACGAUGGCUCUGAUGAUGAAAAUUAUGAAAAAGACAAACUUUACAUUCCAGAGAUAAUGCCAGUUCAGAAGCCAUUGCCUGUCAAUGAGUUUACCUGUCCUGUUAGUUUGUGUAAAAAAGGCUUUAAAUAUUUUAAAAAUUUGAUUGCCCAUGCAAAAGGUCAUAAAGACAAUGAAGAAGCUAAACGCUUUCUUGAAAUGCAAAGCAAAAAAGUAAUUUGCCAAUACUGUAGACGCCACUUUGUAAGUGUUACCCACCUCAAUGAUCAUUUGCAAAUGCAUUGUGGCAGUAAACCCUAUAUUUGUAUCCAGAUGAAAUGUAAAGCUAGCUUUAAUAGUUAUGCUGAACUUCUAAGUCAUAGAAAAGAACACCCAGUCUUCAAGGCAAAGUGUAUGUUUCCUAAAUGUGGGAGAGUGUUUUCAGAAGCAUACUUGCUUUAUGAUCAUGAAGCACAGCACUAUAAUACCUUCACCUGCAAAUUUGCAGGUUGUGGAAAAGUUUACCGCUCUCAGGAUGAAUUAGAAAAGCAUAUUGAAGACCACACCAAACCAUCUGAAAAAAUACAACAGUCAGAUGGUGAGAGUAAUUUUUCUCAACCUUUAGAAGAUAAUGAGAAUGCUGAAGAAAUCGAUUCAAAAGAAGCACCGCUAUCACCUGAUAAUAGUACAAAUAUUUGUGCCAAAGCAGAAAAUUAUGUCUCAGAUAAGGUCAAAGAUGAAUCUCUCAAGACUGAGGGAACAAAAAUACCAGAUAGUGUACUGGAGCAGACUAAUUCAGUCUCCACGGAAAGGGUGGGACAAUGUGUACCUGCUCCUGCAAAGGUAGAAUCAGUUGUUGUAGCCAGCAAUGUUUUAAUGCCUCUUCUGGGCCAAAAAAUUCGGGAGAACAUGGCAAGAAAGGGUAAAUUACAUUCUAUGAGUACUAAGAUAGAUAUUGGUGCACCUGUAGACCAACAAUUAUGCCCAACAGUUGAAGAUACUUCCAGUGAUUUUGCAGUUUACCAAGGGGGAAAGGAUGACUGUGCUGACGAGUCUCAUACUAUCUCCAUGGAUUCAGUUAAACUUGAACCUGAAGUCCUUGCAUCAAAAAGCCCAGAAAAAGGGAUAAACCAUAUGGCCUUCGGCAUGCAGAAUCAAGUAGGGUAUCAAAAUUUACUCUCUCCAAAAUUUCAGAUCGAAGAGAGCAUUAAGACUGCUCCUAAUUUCUGUAAUCUGCCUCUAAAGACUUUAGAAGGGAUUACACUUGCUCCAGCCCAGAGCAGCCUAGGCACUCCUUUUGUUCCAGUCAUACCAUUAGCAACUCCAGUUCAGAAAUUCACUUGCCAAGUUGAGGGAUGUACUCGAGUCUACAAUUCUUGUCAGAGCAUUGGAAAACAUAUGAAGACAGUACAUCCUGAUCAAUAUACUGCAUAUAAGAUGCAGCGCAAGAAUAAGAAAAGUCGUAAAACAAGCAGUUUGCAAAACUUGUCAAAUGAUAGCAAGAUUGUUUAUUUUUUACCAUCCCAAGUAUCUACUCCCACUAGUGAUACUUUUCUUCAACAAUCCAAAGCCACUUCAAAUCCCACUUGUACAAGCCAACUGCAGCAGUUAUCUAAUGCUCUUUUCCCAACACGUCUGGAAAGUAUAACUAAUUCAUUAUUACCCAGUGUGGAAAAUGUUAUAAGUAUAGGUCUAUCUUCCCAUAUUAAAAGUGAAACGGAGAAUACACUAGGUUCACAAAUGGGAAGCCUGUCUAGUGCAACUUUAUCUUCACAGCUGGAUGAUCUAGAAAAACCAGUUAUGCCUUUGAAUAUUGACAGUGGUUCAGAUCCUUUUCUUCCUUUACCUGCAGAAAAUGGUCCAGUUUCUCUCUUUCCAUCGUUAGCUGAUAGCGGUCCGAGUUCUGUCUUCUCACAGAUGGAAAACAAUACCAAUCAUUUUUCCUCCCCACUAGAGGGAAACAGUAAUUCUGCUUUUAUAAAAGAGGAAAGUGUUGAUGUCCUCUUUCCUUCACAAAUGAAUAAUGAGAGUAGCUUCAAUGAAACCACUCCACAACCUCUAGAGUCAAGAAAAUUGAAAAAGGAUCGUAGGCGAGGUCCAGAUGGAAAAGACAAAAAGCCAAAGCAUAAUAAGCGGGCAAAAUGGCCAGCAAUAAUCAGGGAUGGCAAAUUUAUUUGCAGUCGAUGUUACAGGGUUUUUUCCAAUCCCAGAUCACUUGGUGGUCAUCUGUCUAAACGCUCCUAUUGUAAACCCCUAGAUGAAUCAGAAAUUUCUCCUGAAGCUCUACAGCUUAAUGGACAGUCUUCACUUCUUGCCAGUAUGAUUCUUUCUUCAAAUGCUUUAAGUUUACAGCAGCAACAGGAGCCAACUUUUAAUCCAGAAGCAUGUUUUAAAGAGCCAUCAUUCCUGCAGCUGCUUGCUACUGAAAAUAGGUCAGCUGCUUUUUUGCAGAACUUGUUUCCACGGACUAAUAUGACUAGCUUCAAUGCAAGUGAAAAUGAAGAAGGAAAUGAAAUUAUCAAACAGGCCUUGGAAACUGCAGGCAUUCCAAGUACUUUUGACUCUACAGAAAUAUUACCACAUAUAAUUACAACUAGUUGUAUCACUGGUACUACUGAAAUAAAUUCAACAGUUUUGCCAAAUCCAGGCGUAUCACCUUCAUUACCAACUAACUUGCUAACAGACCAAAAUAAAACAAUUAACACCAAAAUUUCCUCAGUAGAAGAAUGCAACAGUUUACCAGUAUUUCCAGAUGACUUAAUACUUAAGACUAUUGAAAAUGGCUUAUGUUCCAACUUAGUAUCUAAUUCUGCUACCGCAACACAUAAUUUUGGAAAUAACACUUCGCGUGUUCCAGUCAUAAGCAGCACCAAAAGGUUAGAAAACAAAAAAGGGACCAGUGGUUCAAAGAAAAAGAAGAAAGUUGCUGCUGAUUUAAUUGUGCCUAACAUUUCACAGAAAUUAGGUAAUGAUUUGACAGAAUUGGGAUUUCCAGCCAAAAAUGCAGAAGAAAGUGUGCAAAUAUCCACAGAGAACUUCCAGUCAGAUAUUUUGGCAAAAUGUGAGUCUCAAAUGUUAAUGGAAAAUCUCACACAAAAACUCAGUAAUGUAGACAAUGAAUUAACUGCCAGUGUCAAAGAGAACUUUAAAAUUAGUAAUGAAACUCGCAGAGAAACAGCUUGUUUAUCAGUGAAAACUGAAAAUGGUGAUUCUCAGGUCACUCUAGAUUCCUGCAUUCAAGAAAACUCCAAUUUGGAGGUUUCAGAAGAUAAUGUAAUUCAAAACUUUGAGAAGACUCUUGAAAUAAUUAAAACAGCUAUGAACUCCCAGAUGGUUGAAGUUAAAACUGAAAUCCAGGAAGUGUCAAUUGAGUCAUUGCAGAAUCAUCAAAUCAGUACUGCUGAAUGUACUUCAGAAAACCCAAUACAAAAUGUUAAAUCAUCCAGUCCUGCUCGAUGCAUAGUAAACAUGCAAAAUGUUAAACCGCUCAACCCUGCUCAAAGCUUAGUAGACACACAGAAUGUCACUCUUGCUAAAACUAACCCUUUUAAAUGUGAAACCUCUCACAAAGAUGAUGCUCAGAUCAUGGAAAUUUUAGAAGGUUUGAAAAAGCUGAAGUUAGAAAGUGAAACUUCAGGUCAAGCAUUUGACAAUAUAAUUCAUUGUCUUCCAGCAGAUGCGCUACUGCCACAGAUUCUGAUUCCAGUUGUGACAACUGAGAGCACAUCUCCUAUCCAGCCAUCUUCAGAAAUACAUAAUCGGUUCAGUGAAAAAGUUCAUAAGCCUUUUAUGUGCCAGGCCCCUGGCUGCAAUUACAGUGCUAUGACAAAGGAUGCAUUAUUUAAACACUACAGCAAAAUACAUCAAUACACUGCAGAAAUGAUACUGGAAAUUAAGAAACACCAGUUGAAAUAUGCACCCUUUAAAUGUGUUGUAGCUACCUGUCCAAAAACAUUUACAAGAAAUUCUAAUCUCCGGGCCCACUGUCAGCUGGUACAUCACUUUACAACAGAAGAAAUGGUAAAGUUAAAACUAAAAAGGCCAUAUGGGAGAAGAUCCCAAAACAAAAAUGCAAGCUUAACACCAAGGCCUGUUGAACUGAAAAGUAUACCGUAUGUGUUAAUGGAAAGUAAAAAUGAAUCACAAUUGACUAAAGACCUUGAAAUAAAGAAAGAAACACGUAUAGAAUCGGUGAAAAUGCCAGAAAAAGUGAUGUCAGAAAGAGUGAUCCUAGAAAGGGUGAUACCAGAAAGUACUCCAGAUGUUCCUGAAAAAGUAGAGAAACCUCCCCAAGUGGUUCCAGUUCCUCUUGAACUUCAUGGUGUAGCCACGCUUAGUAACAUGCAGGUACAACCAAAAGUACGCAAGAUUAGAAGACAUAGGAAAGAAAAAGAGGAAAGAAAACACAAAAAAACAGUUCGUAAAUCUUUGGAAUUCCCUGCUAGUUAUAGUCCCUACAGACCUUACAGAUGUGUACAUCAAGGUUGUUUUGCUGCUUUUACAAUACAACAAAAUUUGAUUCUUCAUUAUCAAGCUGUACACAAAUCCGAUCUGCCAUCCUUCUCUGUGGAAGGGGAAGAAGAAAGUGAGCCGAGUAAAGAUGAAGAUUUUGGUAAAGAAGAAGUUUGUGAUGAAGCUGAAACAAAUUUAACUGUAAAAGAAUUCAGAUGUGAGGUGAGAAAUUGCUCUAGGAUAUUUCAAGAAGUCACUAGUCUUAUUCAGCACUAUAUGAAGCUUCAUGAGAUGACUCCUGAGGAAAUUGGGAGCAUGAAGUCAGCCCUAGAUGUUGAAAGAUUCCCCUGUGAUCAGUCUGAAUGUAAAUCAUCCUUUGCAACAUAUAUUAAUUAUAUUAUCCAUCUUGAGGCAGAUCAUGGAAUAAAGAUAAAACAAAACAAAACAGAGGAUGGCAUGUACAAAUGUGAUUGUGAAGGCUGUGACCGUAUUUAUGCAACAAGGUCUAAUCUCCUACGGCAUAUUUUUAAUAAGCAUAAUGACAGGCAUAAAGAUCAUCUGAUAAGACCUAGACGGUUCCUGACACCAGGUCAGGAAAAUAUUUCAAGUAAGGCUAAUCAGGAAAAAAACAUGAAAAUUAAACAUAAAGGAUUAAAAUAUAAGGCAGGAAAGAAUGGAAACAAAAUAUCAAUUAGGACCAAGCGAAAGAAAGCUAUAACUGUAGAAAACAAGAACUCAAAAAUGGGGCAGAUCCAUGAAAAUAAAGCAUAUUCUUUGAAAUGUGGAAAGUACGUGUAUUCAAUAAAGAGUAGAAAUGAUGCUUUAUCUGAAUGUACAAGCAGAUUUGUCACACAGUAUCCAUGUAUGAUAAAAGGCUGUUCAUCAGUUGUCACAAGUGAAAAUAAUAUAAUAAGACAUUAUAAAUGUCACAAGUUGUCUAAAGCAUUUACUUCACAACACAGGAAUAUCCUAAUUGUCUCAAACAAGCAUUCAGAUUCAUCAGAGAAAGAACCUUCUUCACAAAAUGAGGCAAUUGAGGACAAACCAUGUGAUGUAAAAGAAUUGCAGCCACAUUUGUCAGAGUCCUCUGAGGACUUGAGAGUCUCUACACCAGUGGCACACAAAGAACCUGACAAGAGUGAGAAGGAUGAAGUGGAUGAGCUUGCAGAACUAUUCAUUACCAAACUUAUUAAUGAGGACCUCACAAGUUCAGAGAAUCGUGGAAAGGCCUCUUCUGAUGUAAAUAAUGACUGUCAAGAAACUAGCUCUUGCCUUCCAGAAAAGCAAAACAUAAAUGGUCAUUUAAAAAGAGAAAACAAAGAAAAAAAUCCUCAGAUUAAAAAGAGAAAAGUUGAGAAGCAGGAGGAAAUCUUGGCUGUUGAAUUGAGUAGCAUGCGGAGAGAGGAGGAAACUGCAGUCGCUGUUCAAACUGCUGAAGAACAAUCCACAGCUUUUGACUGGAGUUCAUUUAAGCCUAUGGGAUUUGAAGUAUCUUUUCUCAAAUUCCUUGAAGAGUCUGCAGUGAAGCAAAGGAGAAAUACAGAGAGAGCCUAUAAUAGCUGUGGAACUAGAAAAGGUUCUCAUUCCAACUCAAGAAAAUCUAAUGACAAGAACUCUUCUGCAAGAACACGAUCUUGUUCUGAAAGUGAAACCUAUGUACAGUUUGCUAACCCAUCACAUUUUCAGUGUAGUGGUACUGUAAAAAUAGUUUUAGAUAAAACUUUUAAAAGUUGCACUGAGCUUGUAUUGAAGCAGCUUCAGGAAAUGAAACCUAUCGUCAGUCUGAUAAGACUCGAUGGACAUUUGGAGACAAAUCCAGAGAUUACAAAAUAAUCGGGUAAUAUGAGUGGACUCCAUGUUCUGAUGAUUAACGUCUAAACAUGACCUGUAUUGCAUUUUUUUAUUUUGAGUAGGAAGCCAUCGAGCAUGAUACUGUUUCUUACGGUUUUCUGUUGAAGUGAUUUAACCUUGCAAAAUCAUGACAGUUGUCAUGUAAAUUUAUUUGUUUUUAUCCCUAUGGGACUUGGAACAGAAUCAUUGUUUCAGUUUUGUAAAUAAUUGAUCAGAACCUCAAUUUUUUAUCAAUAUUUUGUCCUUUUCCAUGACUGAAAUCUUUGUGUAUUGUCUGUGGUAUCUUUCACUGGGUCACUGCUCAUAUAUAACAGUACUUUUUAUUUGUAGAUACAUUUUGUAUAUAUUUAUUAUUGUAAAUCAUUUGCUGCUGUUAGCAGUCUGUAAGUCUGAAAUAUUAAAUGACACAUUUAUAUUCAGAAUUUUAAUUUGUAACUUAAGUGAUCCAGUUUUUAAAAACAUUCUUUUUAAAUUUUUUGAAGUACAAACUAGGCAAGUCUACCAUAUCCAGUUUUAUUUUGCAUAAAAUGUGUGUACAGGAGAAGAGUUUGAUCAGAUCACAAUUGGUUAAAAUACAUACUGACACAGUUGUGUUUGUAACUUGAAACAUCCAGUAUCUUUGGAUGGUAUUCAUAUGUACUUGACUCAAAACCUUUUUCCUACAACUGCAUUCGCAUUGCUUUUAAUUCGAUCAAAAAUUCUUCCACUUCCAUAAUAUAAAAUGGAAAUGGAAAUUUUAAAUAGUUUGCUGACACUGAAGAUUUUAAACGACAUUUUGGUAUUGAAUAACCCAUCGUGAAUGUGAUAGAAAAUUAGUUGUGUGGAGCAGUGUACAUAUUUGAGGUGGUGAUUUGUGAAGUAGCCCAGUAUUGCCUUAAAUAAAAUCACAUUUCAUUUCUUGUUUUAUACAUG